CACAGUCACAAUUUAUCGUUCGAUUUCUAUUUCUUCUUGAUUUCUUUAUAUAUUUUACACACACAUGUAACUAAACCAGUAGAUGUUCAUUGUGCGUGUAAUUGUCAUUCAAAAGUUCAAAACAUCUGUUGUAUGUUGUUGUGUUUCGUAUUUUAAUUAUAUUUUUAUUUUCGAAUCAUAAAUUUACUAAAAAGCAUUUUGUAAAACGAAUUAAAACGAGUGUUUGAGUGAGUGCUACUUUAAUUUUUUAAAUCGUUGUGACGUCAUUGUUUUCGACUGCCAGUAAAAACGACGCAAUUGCACCAUUUUCAGAUAUGGAAUUAAAAUGAGAAUUAUUUUUAUAAUUCAGAAGUCAAUUUUAAAAAAACAUGUCAGCGGAGUCGCCGCGGCACGCUCGCUCUGGCGGGCCGCUAACCGUGCCCUCGCAGCCUCCGAGUGACCGUAGCAUCAUCGAUGCAGUCUCCGGCUUCAUUAAUGACGUUACACUUUCUUCUUCAUCCACUGUUGAUCCUAAGGACGUUAUACAGUGGGCAAGGUUCGAAACAGCAGAUAUAAAUGAGCCUACACCCGAAGGAGACAGUGACAAUGAUGUGCCACCGUUACUCUUAAUUCUUGGCUAUGGGUCUGGGGUACAAGUAUGGCUGAUACCUCCCACUGGGGAGGCUCAAGAGGUUUUGUCAUGGAGGCAAGGCACAGUGAGGGUGCUCCGUAUACUGCCCACUCCGCAGCACGGCGACUGCUUCGCGUCGAAACGGCCCCUUAUUGCAUUAUGUGACUCCGCUAGCCCGGGACCUGCGUUUUGCUCCUUGAGCUUCAUAUCUAUAAGAGGAGGAGAGCAGGUGAAGAGCAUAAAAUUCAAAAACCCCAUACUAGAUGUGCUGGCCAACAAGCGUUCCGUUGUGGUGUCGUUCUCGGAGCGCUUCGCGGUAUUCGACGCGGCGACGCUGGAGGACCGGCUGGCCGUGACCACGUGUUACCCGUGCCCGUGCCCGCUAGGCGGCACCGCACCCAACAACCCUCUGGCUCUGGGCGACCGCUGGUUGGCCUACGCCGACAAGAAGCUCAACCCUUCCAAGCGCAGCAGUGGGGGAUGUGAAAGUGAAGGUGUGACAAGCUACACGGCGACAGUUCUGCACGCCGCCAAAUCUCUGAGCAAGGGCCUGCGUGGGCUCGGCGAGAGCGUGGCGCACAGCCUGGCCGGCGGGCGCAGCACGUCGCAGUCGCCGUCGCCGCCGCACGCAGACCUGCAGCAGCCGGGCGUCGUCACUAUACUGGAUAUCGAGGGCAACGAAGAUGAAGAUAGCCAAGACUGCGAGGAUCCCUGCGACCCCAUCGUUGCUCACUUCAUAGCUCAUUCGGAAGCCAUAAUAGCACUGAAGUUUGAUCCGAGUGGCAUGCUGUUGGUGACCGCCGACCGUCGCGGGCACGACUUCCACGUGUUCCGUAUCAAUCCCCAUCCGUGUGGACCCAGUCUUGCGUCUGUGCACCAUUUAUAUAUUUUGCACAGGGGUGACACAACGGCUAAAGUGCAGGACAUAGCGAUAUCGGGCGACUCCCGCUGGGCGGCGGUGUCCACCCUGCGCGGCACCACGCACGUGUUCGCCGUGAGCCCGUACGGCGGCGCGUGCGGCGUGCGCACACACACACAGCCGCGCGUCGUCAACCGCCUGUCGCGCUUCCACCGCUCCGCCGGCCUGCCCAUACACGCCGCGCCCUGCGCGCACAGCCCGGUGUGCGAGGGUUCCGGCCCGGGAGCUUGGUUCCCCAACCCGCGCCUGCCUCCCUACCCGCUGCCGUAUACCAGCACUCCGCUUGCUCAGCUGCGACCCACACACAACCUGCCCACACACACCAUCACACGUACCAGCUCCGGUCGCCAGCGGCUGUCGUCGCUGUCGGAGGAGAGCGGCGCGGCGCCGCUGCUGGCGCGCGCGUGCUUCGGCGUGAGCGGCGCCGCGGGCCGCGCCGCGUCCGUGCCGCUCUACCUCGUGGCGGCCAGCGGCGCGCUGCUGCACCUCGCGCUGCACCCCCGCCCCGCGCGUGGUGUCCCGAAAGAGAAGAUAUGCGAUGAGUCUCCCAUUGAAUUGGAAGUGGAGCCGGUGGCUCAGUGGCCGCUGCAACGACCACCCGCCGCCGCCGACUUGUUAGCGCCUUUGCCGCCUUCUAACCCUCUUCUACAACCAUUGAGCUGUCGGAGAUGCGCGGACAUGUGCAUGAGCGAGGAGGAGCGCUGGCUGUCGCAAGUGGAGAUCGUGACGCACGCGGGCCCGCACCGCCGCCUGUGGAUGGGGCCUCAGUUCGUUUUCAAAACUUACAACAGCACUGGGUCGAACUCGUCGCUGUCGGAGGCGGAGGCGGUGGAGGUGGACACGAGCGCGGCGCGCGGCGCGGCGCGCUCCAACCCCGUCAACAUGCCCGGCGUGCGGCCCGUCGUGCCCGUGCUCAUCGACUCCGGCUCCGCCAGUUCACUCGAACACUCCCCUUCCGAUAGUUUUCGUCGCAAGUCCCUUUUAGCGGAAACCGGGCGCACUACUUCCGUUUGCGAUGUCCAGCUCAAAGAAGAUCUCGCAGAGGCUAUGAAAGAGGACCAUGGGCUGCCGCGAGAGGGGCGCUCGGAGUCGCUUGCGGGGGGAGGUGCCGUGGAGCGCGCCGUGGCGCCGCAGGGCACGGUGGUGGCGCCGCCCCGCACGCCGCGCGCGCCGCCGCUGGACGCCGACGCGCACACGCGCUGUAACGACGACGAGGCCGCGUUCCGCCCCGUGCUGCGCGCGCCCGCGCCGCUGCCGCUCGCGACCCACCUCGCCGCGCGCCCGCUGCCGCGCUCCACCACCAUCCCCGUGCAGACCGUGUCGCCGCGCGAGCUGUCCCCCGACGACGAGCCCUUGCCGCUCAACACGGACGUCGUCAUCCCGGCACAGUUGACCGUCUCCCUCGGCCGCGACUCCUACGACGAGGUCCCGGUGACCAGCGAACCGGAGCCGAACGCCGUCGAAUCGGAUAGACCUAAUUUAGACUUUAAGGAAAUACUUGUAAAUAGAGAUCUUGAGUGUGGAGGGAAUGUGAAGUGUGAUAGUGCGUGUGAUAGUGCCUCGGCUGCUGUCGAGACGGAGAGAAAGGAUAAAAAUAAAUCACUGCCAAAACCGAGUCGACCGUCGGAUGAUAUUCAGCCGGCGGCUCGACCUAGAGUUAAGAAAUCUCCCCCCACCAAAUCGGUUAAUGUUAAAGAUAACGAUAGUGCCGCUAGUGAAAUUAGUCUUAAGAAUAAAAUAUUGGAUGAUAUUAAAUCGGCGGGAAGUUUAGAAGAUAGAGAUAUUGAUUUGCCUAAAAAAGAAAAAGAACCUCUGAAACUUAAUCAGAAACCUAUAGAACUUUCUAUGUCAAAAGAUAUUAAACCACGUAAAGACAUGAAAGAUCCGAAACCAAUAAACGAAAGUAUUAAACAUUAUGCUGCUGAUGAGAAAGAAAAGUUAAAUUUUUCUGCAAUAACUAAAAAUACUAGCAAAGAAUCGUCUAAACAUACAAUUCUUGAUUCGGAUGUUAAUGAGAUAAAGACAGAGGAACAAGCUUGGGAUAUGCUUUUAAGUGAGCCGGAUAAGAAAGGGGCUUCAAGCAAAGACAGACCACGUUUAGCAAGCGACAGUAAAAUAGAUGAAGUAAAAGCGAAAUCAAAGCGAAGUCGUAAAGUGAAGAAGACUGAAGAACAACUAGCUAAGGAAGACGAGGAUAGUUUUAUUGAAAUACAUGCGAUCGAAGACAAACAACAGAUAGCAAGUGAUGAUUUAGUCUCAAUUUCUGCGCCUAUGGAAGACGUUGAAUUAUCUUAUUCAUCAAAGCUCAGGAAGCAAAGGUCAUCCAAAAGCCGAACUCCUGAAAGAAAAGAUAAUUUUGAAGAAAUUAAAUCAAUUGAAAAUCAAUUUGAGAAAGAUGCUCCUCUUGCCAUUGCUAGCAAAAACAGAAGCAGUGAAAGUACCGACGACUUAGUAUCUGAUACUACACUUUGCCUGCACUCAGUUUCUAAUAGUAAAACAAAAGAAAUUGUUAAGGAUUCUAAAAACAAGGAAAUAUUGUUACCAGAAAAGAUACAAGUUAGUGAACCCAAACCCGGUACAUCACUGUCUACAGAGUCAUCAAAAUCCGUCAAAAGCAAGUCAUCUUCACCAAAACUAGACGGUCGUAAAAAAGAAAAAAAUGAAAAUGAAGAAAAAGAAGUUUAUGUGAUUAACACAACUGAAGAUGAUUUUCCUGAAAUUCAAAUAACCAGAGCAAAUAAAUCGAAUAAGAAAUCUCCUCAACUAUCAGAAAAGAAAAGUCAUGAUAUCGAAAAGGUUGAAAAACCCAUAAAGUCAUGGAGUUCUAUAGCUGCUUCUAAAACUACACGAAAGAUCGAAGAAGUUAAAAUUAAUCUGGAAUGUGUGGAAAAAGAUUAUGCGAAGGAUGAAGCAACGAUUUUAGAACAAAAUAAAAAAUCAGAAGUAUCAUUACAAGAGAAGUUGAUCGAGCUGUGUAAACGAACGGAUAUAAUGGUAGCAGAAUGUGAUGCACCUUCUGAACUUAAUUUUGUUGAAGAACACCAUGCAGUUUCUCAUGAUCUACCUCCUUUAGAAACCUUGGAUUUUGGCUUAGAUAAUUUUAAACUCGAAGUAAUGCAAGAUAGUCUUCUAGAAGUUAAUGAUCCGAAAAUAACUAGCCCUAUAUGCAAAAUCAAUAUAGACGAUAUAUUGUCAUCCAUUAAAGAAACCACGACUAGAGCUAUUGAAUCUAGUUCAUUUAACUUAAUAGAUAUAGAAAAAGUCCCCAUUCGAAAAGAGAAAGGAUUCAGUGUUGUUGAAAGCGACAAGAUAACUUCACAGGAAGUUAAGUUAGAAGAUGAAGCGAAGAUAGAUAAAGAUGACCUAGAAAAAUCGUCUGACGAUGACAUCGCCUCUCCCGUAUUAUCUACUGAUAGCGACAAAGAGGAAAAGAAAAAUUUCGAAGCUUCUUAUGCUAGUUUGCAAAUGACAAAGCAAUCUAAGUCUAAAAAGGCACGUAGAAAGAAGAAAUAAUUCGAAAAGUGUUCAUAAUUUGAGCUUCAUUAUUAAAAUAGGCUAUGUUUAUAAAGUUAUUAGAUGAAUUUUUCACAGCAGUUGUGAUUGUAGUUAAGCAAAGCAAAUUUGAAGUGGAUAAGCACAGAUAAAAUACAAAAAAAAAAUCUUUACGUGAUUAUGAAAUGUGUGGUGUACAUUACUGAUAGUUCUUGCAUUAAGUCGCUUCUUUAUUAUUGUCAAGAAUUAGCGGUGUGAUGUAACCAUUCUAUGAAUAAAAAAUUAAAAUAAAAAAUAAAAAAAUGUAGGAAAAAUUAUAAAAAAUCUUAUCGAAAAGAUAUCUUUUUAAGAUGAAUUUAUUUAUUUUAAACAUGAAAAGGUUGUAGAAUAAUAUUAUAAAAUUUCAAUAACUCACUUUGACAUGGGCUUAAAACGUUGUUUUAAAUAAAUUCGUCUUAUAAAGAAAUCGACUUUAUUAACUUCAGUUCAGUGCUCUUUUAGUACUUAUUUUGAUUAAUUUAUUUAGAUAAUUUAGUUUUAGUCAAAUCUUUUUCUUCGUGGAGCGGUGCGUUCUCACUGAAACAUCGAGGCCAGUAAAGACAAAAGUUACGCUACUUAGCAAUUAAUUGCUGUCCAUGUUUUUUUAUGCUCAUAGAAUCUCUAGAGUAUGUAACGAUAUCCACUAUUGGGACAAUAUAUUCACGAUACGUAUUCGUCAUCUUUUAUUGUAGUUAUUAUUUAUAAAGUAUAAUAGAGGUUCUUAAAUAAUGGUGCAGGCACACUAAUAAGUGAAGUAAACUCCUCACACCGGCUGCUCACACUUGCCGAGACAGUUACUGAGCGAGUAAGCAACUGAGUACAACUCCUUAAACUCAUGGAGUGAGUGUACAGAGCCGGGGAGCCGUCAUUAAAAUUAAUUUAUAGUUAGCUUAGCAAAAAUAUUUUUUUAUUCUUACAAUUCCUUCCAGCAAUUUUCGGAAGUAUGUUAAACACGAUAAAUCUAAUUUCUUUCAGAAUAUCUGCAAUACCUGCAGUAUUAUUAUCAAAUGUUGGGUCGAGAGUUCCGAACGACUAAGUCGAUUAUUUGGGUAUAUAAUACCGUAUUACUUUUGCUGUCUAGAUGUACAAAUUUUUUGUAUAAUAGUUCGCAACUAGUAUUAUUUAAUAUGUUUUUAUUCAUAUAUUUGAUAUUAUGUUGAAUCAUGACAAAUAUUUAUUUUUCUAUGUAAUUUUGUUGACGACAAGUACAUGUGUACCUAUUUUUGGGUAGUUUUUUACUACUAGAACACAUUUAGGUGCAUUGUAUAUAUUUAUUUUAUUUUAAUUGAUAUAGUUAAAUUUAUAUUAUUAUUUUAUUUAUAUAAAAAAAAUAUAUGAAUGACCAAAAAUAGUGAAAUUUGUAACAUAUUUUUUGUGGUAACCAGGUGCACUUUUUAUAAUUGUUUAAAAAACAUAUCAUAGGCACUGUACACCGAGUUUAAUACUAUUUUUAGUUUUUAGUAUUUUAGAUCUACGGCUUAUACCUCAUCAUGUCAAUCUCGUUGUACAGAAAAUAAAUCCGUAUAAAAUCAAAAACCAAUUUUCGAAGAAAUCCUAGUUUAAAAAUAUAAAAAUAAUUUUACAAACUAUAAUUUAUUUCGGAUUUUGUGUACUUAUAAGAUAAAUAAAUUCUUACACAUUUUAUAUAAUAAUAAUGUACAAUAUAAAACACCAUGACUCAUAUGGGUAUUUAGUUUAAAGUAUUAAAGUCUAAAUGUGACAGUGAAAUUAUUAACAUAUUAUAAAGCUUCUAAGUUUCCCAACUAAUAUCUAAUUAAAUACACUAUAAGGAAAAAAAAAAUAUGAUAAAUGGUCUCAUGGAAUUUAGUAGAAUAUUAUAAAAUAGUUACAAUAAUAAGAAACAUAAUAUUAAUGUCCUUAUUACAAUCAAGGUCAUUAAAUAAUCAUUAUUUUGCUGACCCUUAUAAUUAAUCUUUAAACAAUAUGAUCGUCAUCAUACCUUAUUAUGCGUUUAGGUUUUUGCGUUAUGAUGAGUCAGAAAAUACUAACUAUUUCACAUUAAAAAAACCGUUAAUAAAAUAAAAUACAAUAGAAUGUUUUAAAUCAAUUUGUACUAAAUGUGUUUAUUAAUAUUCAUUAGUAAUUCUGUUAAAAAAUAGCUUAAUAUUUGAUAUUUUAACUGACUUCAAAAAAUACAGAUAAUAUAUAUAUCCGUCUUAAUACCUUAAUGGUUUAACUUCUUGAUAUAAUUCUUGAAAUAUUUGAAAGAAUGUUUUAGUAAAUACCGGGUGAGUAAAAUUAUCCAUUCAAUUUACAAUCCCAUCUCUACUGUAAGUGCAAAAGGUUCUAUAUAAAAGUAUUAUUUUCAGUUAUAAUCUUAAUUUAUGUAAUAUUAAAAAUCAUUUCUUUUUCUGUUUUUAUGGUAAAUAUUUUUUUGUGUAAUAUAACUUUUGGAACCAUUAAAAUCAUACAUAUAUAUAUGUAUGAUAUAAAUAAUAUAAACUUAUACCUGUUUUUUUAAAUUUGGAAUUAGUUUUCGUAUAUUAUAAGAUCUAUUGCACUUACAGUAGUGCAAUUUUAUAUACAACAUUGUAUAUCAUAGUGGAUUGUCCCUCGUUUAUUACGUACAUGUAAACAAAACUAGAGGAGUUCCAAUUUUGAAGUCGAUUCCUUAAUUUAUUUAAAUUGUGAUAUAGACAAUUUUUUUUUUUUCGUUUAUUAAUGUUUUUCGCUUCUCAAGUACACGAAAUAUUUCGCUUGUAAGUGUUAAUGUAACAUUACUAAAACAACUACCACAUCGUUAUAAAAUGAAAGACAGUCCAAUCGAUAAAUAAAAUAAUAAAAAAAAGAUUUUAAAAUCACCGCUUAAGAUUAUUAUUAAUUAGAAAUUUUUGAGAAUUAUUAAUCAUAAAAAUUAAGAUUUAUUUUUGAAAUUUUACAAUAACGUUUUAAGUCGAAAUUUAUUGUUCUUGAAAUAUUUUAUCUCCAUAAUGUAAUGCAUUCGGAAUUCUGAUAUAGAAAAAAUUUACAUGUAAUUUUUAGAUUUGGCAGCACUGUAACUGUAUGUUGAUAAUGUUAUGGAGUGUUUAAAGAUAUUUAGAUAAAUUAAAAACAAUAUUUCAACAA